UGACGGCGGUGGAUUUGAAGUCAGGAAUGAUCGUGGGGACGGAGACCAUGCUCCGGGGGAACGAGUCGUCAUGGAAGCUGGAGAUACAGUGUGUUGAGAAACUGCUACAUCGGUUGAAGGACGAGAAGAACCUCAUAAUCGCAGAGGUUGUGCAUGAUGAUUGUGGCGCGGUUGACGUCAUAUUGCGGCGAAUGAACAUUGACUCACAAAAGUGUAUGUGGCAUAAGGCGAAGACUUUGGUCAAACGCUCGCGAGAGGCUGUGCGCGCGGAGGAGGCGAAGGAGUGGUUGUACGGCGCUUGCAGGCUGCGCGAGCGUGCAAAGGAUGACGAUGGCGAUGUGUUGGUCAUGCAUAUGCAACACCUCGCCGAUCAUUGGGCCGGGGAUCACUCCUGUUGCGACAAGGAGUUGUCCAACCUGUGCAAAGCGGCUAGGGAUCCGGACAGGGAUCCAUUGUACGAGGCGGGGGGGCGUGUUCAUCUCGCAGUCGCGCGCUGUCUUCAACAGUUCGCUUCGAAUACGAAGAUGGCGUACUACACACGUGCGAGGAUUACCUUCAACAAUGAGUGCUUCCACUCCGUGAUCAACAAGUACGCAACGAAACGCUUGAACUUCCCCAAGUCGUAUGAGGCGCGAGUGUGUUGCACCGCUUUGGAGUGGAACAAAAACAAACGAAUCAGGCAAUUGCGAACGGUCUUCAGCAAACCAACAAACGUAACCCAUCGACGUCGUUCCGCACGACAGCAUAUAUACGUCGCACGAGAUACGUCAUGGCGCUUCGACAUUGCAACUGCAGUUUUUGGCAGCCAUCGGCUCAGAGAUUGGGCACGUAACAUGUUGCAGCAAUCGGACGUCGACGACCCAGUUAUUGAGCAUUAUGAUGAGGAAACUGAUUAUGGACUCCCUGAUGCCGUUGAGAGUGCGAUGGAGGGUGUUGUGGCCGAAGGUGACAAUGUUUUCGUUGACGCGGGAAGCGAAAGUGCUUCAGAUGACGAAAAGUCGUCUUCCGACUCCGACACCGAUGGUGCCGCUCACCGCCUCGACUUUGACGGCGUCGUUCUUUCGCAGGAGGUGUCCGUUGCGCAGGAGUGAUAGUGUCACGUACUACAUCGAUGCAAAUUGUCGUCGUCAUAAUCAUUAGAAUAUUAUGUCCUCGAUUUGAACUGGUUGUGAUAACUGGUUAUGAGAACAGGUUGUGAGAACUGGUUGUAAUUUUGAACUGGUUGUGAUAACUGGUUGUUCGAACUGGUUGUAAUUUUGAACUGCUUGUUCGAACCGGUUGUUCGAACUGGUUGUGAGAGAUGCUUUUCAUGUAUACUAAUUGUAUAUAUGUUUUGUGUACAAUUUGUGAUAACCGGAUCUAUCUAUAUAUAUAUAUAUAUAUAUAUAUAUAUAUAUAUAUAUAUAUAUAUAUAUAUAUAUAUAUAUAUACAGAGAGAGAGAGAGAGAGAUAUCAUAUGUAGAUAUAAGCCCAUGUGGCAAAAUUGAUAAAUGCAAAACAAUACG